AUGACUAGAACCACCGACGAGAUCAAGUAUGAGGCUUCCUCAUGGGAGCACAAAGGUGUCACCGUGGCCGACGAUGGCCGGAGAUUAGCGUCAAAUCCCGAUACUGCCCGUCCCAAAGGACGCAUACGACGAUCGAUGACGGCUUGCCAUACUUGUCGCAAGCUUAAAACCAGAUGCGAUUUAGAUCCGCGCGGCCAUGCAUGCCGCCGCUGUCUAUCCUUAAGGUCAGAGGCAGAUCUCCACCUGCUGGACCAUUCCAGUGCCCUUCUAUUCCUGAUCGACUGCAAGUUACCGGAAACGACCGAUCGUUUUCAAGAUAAUGCCUCAAUGUGGUCAGAUGCGACGUCCGCGAUUCCGUCGAUUGAGGAGCGCUUGACCUCACUCGAAAGAAGCAUGAGAGAGAUGACGAGUAUGAUGCGCCAAAUGCUGGACCAAUCGCCAGUAACUCCCACUGGCAUUCCCUCGUGUUGGACCAGAGCUACCAAUGCCGAUGAUGGCACGUCGUCGGAAGGCAGCCCAUCAUCCCCAUUUUUGCCCAAGCCUGUUCGGCUCAUCCAAGACCUUCAAUCGGAAUUCUUUGGUGAGACCGAAAACUCGGCAUACUUGAGCGAAGACAUCGCAAAGGGUGGCUUAGACUCUAAACUAUCACUCAAACUGCUGCAAGUUUUCGUGGACAAUUUCGGCCCUUAUGUCUCCAUAUAUAAUCUCUCCGAUAUACAGAACGAGGCGCGGAAUCCUGAUUCCUUGCUAUAUAAUACUGCUUGUCUACUGGCAUCCCGCUAUGUUCCUGGCAUCCCCACAUCUGUGGUACAUACGAUAUACCUUCAAGUGCGACAUGCUGUGGUAAAUCUUCUGUGGGAUAAGCCACCGCUUCGCUACGAGUCUCUCCAAGCUCUUGCGCUACUUUGCCUUUGGCCUGCGACUGUACAAAAGGAGCCCCCAAUGGACAGCUGGCUGUUGAGUGGAGUUUCGAUCAACCAUGCCAUCAUCUCCUUUGAUUGUCUCAACUAUGGGCCUACGGAGACUAUGAUCGAUAACGAGACCGCCGCACAGCUCCGGCUUUGGAAUACUUACUGCUUGACGCAGCUCCAUUUUGCGGUCGGCAACGCUCGUCCUUUCCAUAUCCAGCCACGCUAUCUUGAUCAUUGUCCACGGAUUCUGGAGCACCCAGGUGCAACUCUGGAUGACGCAAAGGUAGUGGCCGAGAUCCAGCUAUACCUCAUUACACUACGCCUCCAGAGCAAUGGCGGCCGAAUGCGAGUCGCCGAUACCAAAUUCGAGGAAAUCGAGCGGUGGAGGGCCGAGUGGGCCCAUCUCUUCGCGAACUCAGCUGGUGAACAGUUCACCCUCGAGCUAAGCCUCUGGUUCUGCCAGAUCCUUCUCUACCGCACCUCCAUGCGCUUUAGCCCGGGCUCCGAUACUCUCGCCUCGGAGGUCCUGCAAACCUCCCGCCUGAUGUUGUCCAAGUUUCUUCAGAUCCGAUAUUCUUCCGCUCUAAGCCUCGUCGACCAGACGUAUUUCAUGGUUGGCUAUGCCGCCCUCAACCUCUGUGAUUUCAACCUCAUGGACCCACUCAUCGAGCAGGUACAGAUGUUCUUGCUCCAUCUGUCCCCCAACGAGGAUCACAUCGCCUAUCGCUUCUCCUGCAUGAUUGUCGAGUUCAAGCGGCGAUGCACCGAGGGCAGCGAUCCGGCCACCACCGCGGCCGCGGCCGCGGUAGCAGCGGCAACUGCUGCCAAAGCCUCCUCUCCGCUGUCAUCCUUCGGGGAAACGCGGAAGAUGAGCAUGGAGCAGACGGCCUCAUUCCUGCCCCCCAUGGUCGAUAAUAUGAUUGAUGGCUACGGAUUCGAGCAAUUGAUGCCGGAAGUGCUCCCACAAUCAUUUCCCGACGGGAUGCUCAAUGAGAUGGCAGUCGCCGGGAUACCAGGAUAUCGGUCGGCAACGCUCUGA